AUGGCGACCGAAACUGAACUAUCAAAGCAGUGUGUCCCCAUCAACAAGAUACCAAAACACUCUGUUGAUUGGGUGAUGCGAGUAUUAGUUAUUCGCAAGGGUUCUGUAAUUUCGUACAGCAAUACUCGCCAUGAAGGGACUUUCCAAACUGUAAUAUUAGUGGACGAUGAGGGGACAAAGUUGCAAGCAACGCUAUUUAACAAGCAUAUCGACACAUGGAAAGACUUCUUGAAGACAAAUAAGACGUACUACAUUGCUAACGGGUUGUUGGAUCGGGUUAAUCCCAACUACACUUCCGUGCACAAAGAGAUUGAACUGACCAUUACAGAUAACACAAUCAUAAGGGAGAGCGACCAUGUUGUUUCAACACACAACUUCUCUAAUGGUUUUGUAUCUUUGGAACAGGCAGAGAAAUUGCCUAAUGGUGCCAUAUUUGGUAACUCUUCAUACGACUUGUUAAUAAUUUUUGUCAAUUACAUCAUACAGAUCACUAAUUUAUAUAUCCGCUAUUCAGACUUGCUUUGCGUGUUAGUUACGGUGAAUCCCAUCAUUGAAAAAGGCGAUAGCAAAAGAUGCGAAAUUGUUGUUACAAAUGAACUCAUGGACUGUACGACUGUUACUCUGUGGGGAGAUUUUGCACUAAACGACGGCGCCUUUCUUGAAAAGCUUAAAGAUGACCAACCUAUUCUAGGCUUAUGUGACGUGCGAGUCUCAAUCUAUAAAGGGAUUUUUGGGAUAUCAACUCUUCCCGUGAGCAGUGUGUUGAUCAAUCCAAUCUUUCAAAAAGCACUAGAUCUUCGCGCAUGGCGUGAAGUCAUAAAGGCCGAAAAGAAAGCUAUCACAACCACACCAAGUAAGGUAAUGAGAAAAGCCACAGAAGUGACAUUACCCAAUAUUAUGGAUGGCACGCUUGCUGAUACACAGAAGGAAGAAUGUAUGUACUACCACAGAUUGGUGUUGAUUAAAGACAAGGAAUUCAACUUCCUUGUCCGCAUCGAUAUGAAUAAUUCAAACCCGCGAAGGAGUCUAAUUGCUCAGGAAAUACAUGCCAUUGAAGAUGAAGCGGUAAUUAUAAUGUCAGAUGAAUCAAAAUCACUAACACCACCCACAAACAGGGGCAAGAAAUCCACUGCGUUAGAAAGACAUGGUCUUGAAGAUAAAUCACCAAUCAUAGUGGAAGAACCACAAAAUGUGAAGCCGCGAAGGAAGAGGUCUAAGAAAUCCAAUGCGCUACAUGUCCUUGAAGAUGAAGCACCAAACAUAGUGGCGGAAGUACAAUCCGUAAGGCUGCGAACAAAGAGGGGCAAGAAAUCCAAUAUGCAACAAAUACAUGUUGUUGGAGAAGAAUCACCAAACAUAGUGGAAGAAGUCACUCAUUACUCAAAGAGAGGAUUAUCAAACAUGGACUGCCAAUCUAAUCAACGGGUCAAAACAAUAGGACACAAACGUAAAAUACUGACAGAUGUAGAAAGGGCAUUGCGAAGGGUGCAAAAAUAUACUGCCUCUACAAAGCCAUCAGAAGUUGGAUAUAUAGAACCAAAGCUGAAGAAGCGGAAAAAAAGUUGGCUACUUCAAGCUUUAUCAGAGGAGAACUAUAAUGAAGGCGAAACAAAUGUGAACUUAUCAACAACAUCAACUCAUAAGCUGCAAAAACAAUUGGAUUGCAUCUAUUGUCAUGCCAUGAGGCUUGAAUAUGAGCCACCAACAUUUUGUUGCGCAAGUGGAUAUAUUCAGUUGGCCCCCGACGAAGUUGGAGAGGACUUAUACAAAUUAUUUACAGAUGAGUCCAAAGAAGCCAUCAUAUUUCGGAAACAUAUUCGAGCGUAUAAUAGCAUCUUUGCUUUUACAUCAUUUGGAGUACAACUCAACAAAGAACUGGCAUCUUCAAGGAAAGGCAUUUACAGCUUUAAGGCGCAAGGACAAAUCUAUCACGACCUACCAUCAUUGAUCCCGAAGGAUGACAGGCCACGUUACUUCCAGCUAUACUUCUAUGAUACAGAUCAUGAAGUCGCCAACAGAAUGUCAAUACUACAAGAUGCUAAUUUAUCCGAGGAAGUCAUGAAAAAAAUCAGGAAAAUAAUGGAGCAAAAUCCAUAUGCAAAAUUUUUUACACAACUAAAGCAUCAUUCAAAUUUUCAGAACUUAGAAAUACGCAUAGCUGCAAAUGCUUCUUUAGAUCAACGGGUGUAUAACAAACCUUCAGUAGAUCAAGUUGCGGCAAUUUGGGUAGACGGAAACAAUCCAAAUAUCUCAUUUGAAAGAGAUAUUGUAGUACACGAACAUUCCGGGAACAAACAUCGAGUAAAACAUUAUUAUGGUUGUUAUGAUCCUCUACAGUAUCCAUUGAUUCUACCAAAUGGUGAAGGAGGUUGGCAUCAAGGAAUAGUGAAAUCUCACAAUCCAAAUAUCACCAUUCCUACAUAUACAACAACAGCUGCCAACAUAUGCCCUCGAUCAUAUGCCAGUGCAACAGAGGUUUUGAACAAUGAAGAACAAGUGGACAUGUACAUAAAAUUAGAAACCACGCGACUUGAAUAUUAUAGAUUCGAACAAUCAAAUUACAGAAGAGAGAUAUUACAAGGUAUCGUUGAUAGUGUUACGGCAGGCGAAUGCAGAGGAGAGAAGGUCGGGCAAAGGGUCUUACUACCAGGGUCAUUCAUUGGAGGCCCGAGGGAUAUGCGACGACGCUAUAUGGAUGCUAUGGCACUGGUACAAGAGUAUGGAAGACCAGAUCUAUUUAUCACCAUGACGUGUAACCCUGAAUGGACAGAGAUUCAAGAACAACUAUGUGCGGGGCAAGUCGCUCAAGAUCGUCCAGAUUUGGUGACUAGAGUGUUUAGGGCAAAAUUGCAGGACCUGAAAGACCAAAUAUUUAAAAAGGAAAUUUUUGGCCCGACAGCAGCACAUGUUUUUGUAGUUGAAUUUCAGAAGAGAGGCCUACCACAUAUACACCUACUACUAAUUUUAAAACAAGGUCAUAAAAUAACAUCAGCAGAUCAGUAUGAUCGAUAUAUUUCGGCAGAGUUGCCUGCUAAGGAUAAGCAGCCAGAAUUACAUGAAUUGGUUAUUAAGCAUAUGAUUCAUGGUCCUUGUGGUAUAAAACGACAAUCAAGUCCAUGUAUGAAGGACGGACAAUGUAAGUUUCACUACCUCCGAGCAUUCAACAACAAAACAAUACAAAGGAGAGAUGGAUAUCCUAUUUACCGAAGAAAAAAUGAUGGGAGGACAAGCGAGGUUCGAGGAAUGAAGAUGAAUAAUCAGUGGGUUGUCCCUUAUAAUCCAUAUUUAUUGAAGAGAUAUAAUUGCCACAUUAAUGUAGAGGUUUGCUCAGGUGUUAAAGCAAUAAAGUACCUGUACAAGUAUAUAUAUAAAGGACAUGAUAAGUGUGCAGUUUACAUUGAGUCAGACGAGGGUGAAAAAUUCAUAGAUGAAAUUCGAAGCUUUCAAGAUGCACGUUGGGUGUCACCACCUGAAGCGAUGUGGAGGAUUUACGAGUUUACUCUAAGAGAAAUGCAACCAGCUGUUAUAAACCUACAACUACAUCUACCCGUCUACUAUUGGAAGAAGCAAAAUCUUCAAAAUAUUGCAGGCUCCCAGUUUGUACAACAAACUAUGUUUACUGAGUAUUUCAGGAUGUGCUUGAAUGACACUGACGCUCGCAAUUAUCUAUAUAGAGAAUUCCCCAAGCAUUAUGUUUGGAAUUCCCAAUCUAAAGUUUGGACUAAAAGAAAAUCGCGCUCCGUGAUCGGCAAAAUAAAUGUUGGUAAGUAUUACACUUUGAUAUGUGGCAUUUAUGAGUUAAACAAUAAACUAACUAGGAUGAUCGAAAUCACAGCUAAUCCUAGAGAAGGAGAAAGGUAUUACGAGAGAUUAUUAUUAAAUCAUGUUCGAGGUCCGACAUCAUUUGAAGACUUACUCACUGUUAAUGGAAUACAUUGUCAUACUUUCAAAGAAGCUGCCAAGGAAAGAGGUUUAUUAGAAUCAGAUGAUAGCAUUUCAGAAUGCUUACGCGAGGCUGUAAUCUUUAAGAUGCCUGUAGCUCUUCGAAUGUUGUUUGCGACAAUUUUAGUUCAUUGCAACCCAACAGAUGUAAGAAGACUAUGGGACACAUAUUAUAACGAUAUGUCAGACGACUUUCAGAGGACCCAUGCCAAAUCAGCCGAGGCCAAACUCCAAAGUACGUUGAAAAGUGUAAAUUCAUACUUGGAGAGUAUGGGUCAAAGUGUUGCAAAAUUUGAUAUGCCACAAAUCCAACAAGAAUUACAUCAAGGUGACACAUAUGAAUGCCGAGAAAUAGUCGAAGAAAGGUCUGUGAAGGUGCCAACUGAAGAUAUGGAGGCACAAUCAAAGUUGAAUGAACAACAAACGCAAGCAUUCAAGACUAUCUUGCAAAGGACCGACUCUGGAACACCAGGAUUAUUCUUUGUAGAUGGACCCGGUGGAACUGGAAAAACAUAUCUAUAUCGGGCAUUGCUGGCACAUAUAAGAUCAAGAGGUAUGAUAGCAUUGGCAUCCGCCAGCAGCGGGGUAGCAGCAGCAAUCUUACCGGGAGGUCGUACAGCUCACUCGAGAUUUGGAAUACCUCUACAAGCUAAUGAAACAACAAUGACAAAUAUGUCAAAACAAAGUGGCGGGGCUAAACUUAUUAAACAAGCCAAACUAAUAAUAUGGGACGAAGCACCAAUGGCUAAGAGACACGCAAUUGAAACAGUCGACAGAAGCUUUCGUGAUAUAAUGGAAAAAAAUGUACCUUUUGGGGGAAAAGUAAUGGUAUUUGGAGGUGACUUUCGACAAGUGCUACCGGUGGUUCCAAAAUCAACACGAGCAGAGACAGUGGAUGCAAGUUUGGUAAGGUCAUAUUUGUGGCCUUUGAUGGAAAAAAUUCAUUUAACAUCCAACAUGAGGGCAAGAACAGAUCCAAAUUUUAGCAACUUCUUGAUUCGUGUUGGAAACGGCGAAGAGAACACAAUACGGGAUAAUUUAAUACUACUACCACAACAAAUAGUGGUCCACCCAACUGGUCAGGGUAAGGCAGAAGAAUGCUUGGUAACAGAAAUUUUUAAAGGGCUACAACAAAAUUACAGAUCGGCAAAGUUUAUUACUGAAAGGGCAAUCUUAGCAAGUCGAAAUGAAUUCGUAGAUAAUAUAAAUGAAAUGAUGAUUACUCGAUUCCCAGGAGAAACCAGAACAUAUAUCAGUUUCGACUCGGCAGAAGAUGAUACCAAUAAUUACUAUCAAGAAGAAUACCUAAAUACAUUAACUCCAAAUGGUCUGCCGCCACAUAGGUUGGUUUUGAAAGAGAAUGCGCCUAUCAUGAUGCUGCGCAAUUUAGACCCAUCAAAUGGUUUAUGCAAUGGGACACGAUUGAUUUGUAGAGGUUUUGACAACAAUGUCGUGCAUGCAGAAAUAACUACAGGAGAAUUUGCAACAAAACAUGUGUUUAUACCAAGAAUCCAAUUAUCGCCGCCUGAGAAUGAAGGAUAUCCUUUUAAAUUUAUUCGGAAGCAAUUUCCAAUACGUCUAUGUUUUGCCAUGACAAUAAAUAAGGCUCAAGGUCAAACGAUACCUAAUGUGGGAUUAUAUCUUCCCCAACAUGUUUUCUCCCAUGGGCAACUAUAUGUAGCUUUAUCAAGAGGAAUCUCAAUGGCAACAACAAAGGUAUUGGUUAUGACUGAACAACCAGAUACGGGGACAGGGACAUAUGCAAGAAAUAUCGUAUACAAGGAAGUAUUAGGUUAG